AUGGGCGCCGUCAUCUCAAGCAUCAAGGGUGGCAUCACCACCAUCACCAGCGUCAUCCGCACCAUCUCUGCGCUCAACGCCAAAUACCAGGCGCUGCUGCAGCGCAUCCAAGCGGGCCCGUUUACGCCGGUCGAGAACCCUACGGAGUCGUACUGGAUGCGGGAUGCUCCCUUUCCGGACAUUGGAGAUGUGAUGGGGGAGCUGCCGGGGGAGGCGGAUGUGGUUGUCGUUGGGAGCGGAAUCACGGGUGCUGCUGCAGUGAAGACGCUGUGUGAGCUGUCUUCUUCCUCUGAAGGCAAAGGAGCGCCGAGGAUUGCCGUGUUAGAGGCGAGACAGCUGUGCAGCGGCGCGACGGCGAGAAACGGGGGCCACAUCAAGUGUGCGCCGCACGGGGAGUUUGCGCGCUUGCGGAAGGCCUUGGGAGAGGAGCGGGCGAGGAAGAUUGUGAGGCUGCAGAUGAGGCAUUUGGAGGUGCUGAAGAAGGUGGGCGAGGGGAUGCCGUGGGGGGAGGUGAGGGAGGUUGAGACGGUGGAUGUGUUUCUUGAGGAGGAGGGGUUUGAGAGUGCGAGGAGGAGUGUUGAGGAGAUGAAAGCGUGGAUGCCGGAGUUUGAGGUUUUGGUUUGGGGGGAGGAGGAGGCGAGGGUGAAGUUUGGGGUUAAUCGUCAUGUUGUUGGUGCGAUAUCGUAUCAAGCUGGGGCUCUUUGGCCGUUUCGUCUGGUUACAAGCACGUGGAACGACUUGAUAACCCGAUUUCCAAACCUCACCGUUAGCACACACACACCCGUCUCAUCCAUCACUACAAAUCACGACUCAUCAUCAUUCCCAUACACGGUUCACUCCUCCCGCGGCUCGAUCCGUACACGACAUGUCCUCCACGCUACAAAUGCCUACACGGGCCAUCUGGUUCCCGCCCUCCGAGACUGUCUGACUGGUGUAAUCGGACACAUGACGGCGCAGCAGCCGGGAGCAGGGUUCGCACCCGUUUGUCAUGGUGGACGGUCCUGGUCUGUGAUUUACGGCAACGGGUUUGACUAUGUGACGCAGCGACCUGAUGGAAACGACGGAGCACCGGGGCCCUUGAUGAUAGGAGGCGGCUUGUUUCGGAGUAAAGACGAGGGAUUGGAUCAGAUUGGUGUGUGGGAUGAUUCAAAGGUAGAUACGUUUCCCUUGAUGCAUCUUAGGGGAAGCAUGGCGACGGUAUUUGAGCCGAAAUGGGGUGCUGGAGGGGAAUUGAAGGGUGCUUGGAGCGGUAUCAUGGGAUUUACGGGUGAUACGCUUCCAUUUGUGGGAAGUCUUUCGCCUGCCACUGGGGGAUUGAGGAAGAGUCUUGGAGGAGGACUUGAUAAGGGUUCUGGGGAGUGGAUAGCUGCCGGGUUUAAUGGGGAGGGCAUGGUUUGGGCGUGGUUGAGUGGUGUUGCUGUGGCGAUUAUGAUGCUGGGUAAGGAGGAUGUUGAUUUGGAGGAGAGUGUUGGACGGCCGGGGGGAAAGUUGGGAGAGUGGUAUCCGAGGGAGGAGGUUAAAGUUGAUAAGGCGAGGUUGAGGAGGGCGCGGUUGGAGAAUUUGGCGAAUGAGAUUUGA